AAGUAAGGAAUUGCUCCAGAAGCUUUUCUUCCAACACCCUUGCUUCAGAGGAACCCCAUUGCUUCUUCAUGCUACUCUCUGACCCACCCCAUCUCCUUCCUACUGGAGUAUCACAUUUUCAAGACUUCAUAUUGGUUUGUGUUCCUUUUUGUCCCAUAACGCAGGAGCACAGUGCCCUUUCACGGGUGAGGUGGAGCCACUGAACUUUGGGGGAAGAACUGAAGAAUAGAGGAGGAUUCCAGGCUCUCCCUCCAGCCUUUGUGGCCGAUGGUGUGCUCAGCUCGGAUCAAUGGUGUGUUCAGCUCGGAUCCCUGCGGAUAGGCAAGUAGAGCUGCUUGCUUAGCAGCCAGCUGAGGCAAAAGCUACCCUGCCAUCUUGGGACGGUGUACAGAAACAAAACGAUGCAGGGCAGAAGAAGCACGUUGCCAAAUUAACAACUGAGGGCCACAGGGGGAGCACCUUCCACUGGCGUUCGCUGCGACAAAAGCAGCAAUCAUUUUCCAAGAGACGAUGCUCUUUCGGAAGGCUUGUUGCAUCUCUGCCGUUCUUUCCCUGAGCGGCUUGGCAGUUCUGCUUGUUCUGGAUCGCCAGCGUCCCCUUCUCUCUAAACAACAACGGCGGCAGACGCAGAAAUCUCGGGAAGGUGAUUUCCUCCGGGAUCAUUGCAGGUCUCUGGCAGAGCAGGACAGAGCGUUUAUCUGGGGGAAACACUUCCACACCUCUUUCAGGAAGUCGUUUUCCUGCAAAGAUUACGUGGCCAGCAGUCACUACCUCACGAAAACCCUGUCUGCGGAGGAAGCCGGCUUCCCCAUAGCGUACGCCAUCACCAUCCACAAAGAAUUUGGUACCUUUGAACGGGUCUUCCGAGCCAUUUACGUGCCCCACAACGUUUACUGCAUCCACGUGGAUAAGAAGGCACCUGACAGAUACCAGCAAGAUGUGAAGAAGCUAGUCGAUUGCUUUCCCAACGCCUUCCUCGUGUCCAAAGCGGAGGUGGUCAUUUACACGGGGAUAACCAGGCUCCAGGCUGACCUGAACUGCAUGAAGGACCUCCUGAGGUCCACGGUUCAGUGGAAGUAUCUCCUCAACCUCUGUGGCCAAGACUUCCCCUUGAAAACCAACAAGGAAAUUGUCCGGAAGCUGAAAAAGUUUAACGGGAAAAACAUCACACCUGGCGUUCCCCUUGUAGAUCCUUAUACCGUGAGGACCAAAUAUUCUUUCAAACCAUGUCUUGGAGAUCACGACGGAGAAUAUCCAAUUCAAAUGCUAAGCACCAUGUAUUUGAAAUCAGAAGUGCCCCACAAUCUGACUCUUUACCGUGGCUCUUCAUACGUUGCCCUAACAAGGCCCUUUGUGGAGUUUAUUUUCUCCGAUGAACGGGCCCUCAAUUUGCUAGAAUGGUCCCAGGACACCUUUAGUCCAGACGAACAAUACUGGACGACACUCAAUAGGAUACCAGACGUCCCUGGCUCCAUGCCAAAUGCUACACGAGAGGGCGGCUUGAGAGCUAUCAAAUGGAUCAACGGAACUGUUGGGAAAUGUUACGGUCACUAUAAAAGAGACAUUUGUGUCUAUGGAACUGGAGACCUUGAGUGGCUGCUAUCCGGUACACAACUGUUUGCUAACAAAGUUGAACUUGAAACAUAUCCACCUACUGUGGAAUGCCUGGAACUGGCCGUUCGGGAGAGGGCACUGAAAGAGAGUGAAAUACCUGUGGAACCAAGUUGGUACCUCUAGGGGAAUGGAUAUGGUUUACUUUAAGACGAUGAACAGAGCCAGCAUCCUGGAAGAGCCAGUUUAGCUUGAAGCCAUGCAUGUUCCAAUCUUGAACAUCAUCUCACUAUGUCAAAAUUCGGGGCAAUCGAUAUAUUGCUUGAUAUUUUUUGCUAUUUGAUAUACUUGAUUAUUUUUAGGAUUUUGCAUCCUGUUUUGGAACAGAGUUACUAUCCAUUUCUCCCACCCACCAAAGAACUCGGGUAUCAUUUGUUAAUACUUUGGGAAGUCGUUUUGACCAACAGGAAGAAAGACGGUGAAUUCAUAUUUCAAGCUGGUUGAAUUAGACUUUGAUCAUUGUUGCAAGUCAGGUUUCACUAAGUGGUAGUCUAGACGACUGGAUUAAAACUGACUACAUAUCGAUACAAGAUUUACUAAGGGGCCUUGUUAUUUGCUGGAGGACUUGUGUCUGCGCACAAAUAUUGUACCUGUUUCUGAAGUGAGAUCAAGGCCCGAUAUUCAGAUAUACGGGCUACCAGGAUUCCUCUGUUAUCUCCCACGGAAAGAAAAAACUCCAUGAGUAUCCUCCCCCCUUUUUUUAUAAUGUACAUGAGUAUCCAUUUCCCUUUUUUAUAAUGGGAGCCUCACGUGCGCCCCACAGGUAAUGUGGGAGCUCAAAAUCAGCGCAAAAGAGCAAAACGUAAACUGCAAAAAAACCAAAUUUCUCUUGAAAACAAAGAGAAGAUCUUCGCACAUAAGGUUGUUUUUUUUAAAAAAAGAGAUAGUUUUUCAGGUGCAACUGAACCAGUUUCUUUAGAGGAACUGCUUAUGCUGAUUAACGGCAAAUCAUUUCCAUAUUUCUGUGCACCAUAAUAAUAAUAAUUAUUAUUAUUAUUAUUUCUGUGCACCAUCUAAAUCUUCAUUCACCUCAGAUGGUUUGAAAAGGUGAUGGCCGUAUGUCAGGGGUAGCCAACAAGGUGCAAUUCAGAUGUUGUUGCCCUAAAAUUUCCAUCAUCGCUGAACGUUGGACAUGCUAGCUAGGGCUGAUAGGAGCUGCACUGCAGAAUAGCUAGUGGGCACCAUGUUGACUAUCCCUGUAAUAUUUGCUAACAGUCCAGAGGAGAAAAAUUAAAAAGUGGCAUUUUCUUCUUUCCCUGUUUUACCAUUUUUUUUUUUUUAAAAUGGAGACUGAAAUUUUAUACAGAAAGGUUUCAUCCGUGCAGAAAUGUCAGCCAGUUCUUUCUUGGCAUCUACCAUAAGCAUGAAAAUGGGUCUGCUAAAUAGGAGCUUGAACUGGUAUGUCAAUGAAUUAUGGACAUUUAACGCAGCCCUCCGUUUCGUGACUCAUUUCCAUGUGUAGGCCCUUGCUGUUAAACAUGUUGCCUGUGUUUCAGUUUUGGUCUGUUAAGUGUUGUACUUUAAAGUGGAAGAGUAUUUUUUCUUACAAAAACAAACAGAUUUGCAGAUAUUCAUUGUAAUUUUUUUGUAACAAUUCAAUAGUAAAUAAAUAAUUUGUUUUCUUAAAAUAAAACUAAAAGAAACUGAAUCGUUUCCCUUUACUUUAGAACUGUAUUGAGGGUAUCAGAAUUUGUACUAAGGGUACCAGCUUUUCAACCAGAUCUGCAGCUGUGCCCUUAACAGCAAUCAAGUUUGUAUUGGUCUGCCGGAGAAAGACAACUGCAAAGUUAGGUGUAAUGCUGAGCUCCUAUAAAGGAAUAAAACACCGGAUGAGUUAGUAUCCUAGGUGAUAAAAACAAUAUGUCUAUGCCAAAAAUUUAAAAGGUUUGUAUUAUUUUUCUGAUUUUGUAAUAGGUCAUCUUUGUUCGUAGGUUGUGCAAGCUUUCUGUACUACGAAAUCUACCAAUGUUGAGACGCCUGUUUUUCCUUUAAAGAGAAAACAACAACACAGAAUACAAACAUCUACUGAACACAAAGCCCAAAUUUUAUUACUCUUGUGCUUGUUGUUUCAUAAUCCAUCACUGAAUAAGCAACAAAACAACCACUACAAACCUAACCAUGAACUCAACAGAAGGUGGAAAAGUUGACUGAAUUAAAUGAGGCAUGUUCCCACUAAUGUUGACAUGUGGUUUAUUUUCAGCAAAGAUAUAUGGUACUUAUCUUUCAUUCUUUGGAAUAAGUGGGUGCAAAUCUCACACGUAAAACCUGAGCGAGCUGGUUUAAUGUUACGUUUACCGACUUGUCAAUCAGCCCAUCACUUAUCACCAGUAUGGCCAAUGAUGAUGGGAGUUGUAGCCGAACAACAUCUGUAAUGUCAGAGGUUUCCCACCCUUACUUUAACCACAGCUUGGCGUGAUGAAUAAAAAGGUGGUUGUGCUUCU